CUCCGGUGCGCGGUAAUAUACAUACUUGCUUGGCCAUCACUAAUCCGCCUCAUUCCCAGCUGCUCUAUCUGCCUCGUGACUGCCAGGAACGCUGCACACUGAAAGUUCACACGCAAUGACGGUGUUUACGACAUGAGUCAAAGCCUGACGUACAGACGCAGAAGAGAAGGUACUGCCCAUCAGUGGCCAACCCCACCCCUCGGAUUGAUGUAAUGUGAGAGAGAAGUGAGUGCACCAGAAAAACUAGCCAUGGAGGACACUCAGCCCAAGCUUGCUACCCCGGAACCCAGCCGUGCACCCAGUCCAGCACCUAGUCCAGCACCCAGUCCGCUGCUGGAAAUCAUUCCUUUUCCUGCUGCGAAUCAUGUGGAGCACCUAAAUGUGAACCAGAUCCAGUUUGUGGUACGGCGCUGCUCUAGUCCAAAUGCCACAGAAGAGACCACCUAUUUUAUUCCUCGAAACCCUGUGGUGGAUGCUGGCACUAACACAGACCCGCCAGUGGUCUGCUGCCCCUUGCUCCACAGAUUCUGCCCAUGUCCACCAAGAGGCCUUCUAGCCUCUCUCAUUACUAAAGUCCUUCUGGCAGCUGUGCUCUUUGGAGUGGUGUGGUCUAUCACCGAGGAACAGUGUCUUCCAGGGGGUAACCUGUUUGGCAUCACGAUCCUCUUCAUCUGUGCACUCAUCGGUGGCAAAGUGGUGGCUCUCAUCCGUCUGCCCAAACUUCCACCGUUCCCACCUCUCCUUGGUAUGCUGCUGAUGGGGUUCACGCUGAGAAACAUCCCAGUUAUAACAGACGGGGUGUACAUUGACUUCAAAUGGUCUUCGUCACUGAGGAACAUCGCUCUGGCUAUCAUUCUGGCCAGAGCUGGUCUGGGGUUGGAUCCCAUGGCUCUGAGGAGACUGAAAUCUGUGUGCAUACGUGUGGCAGCUGGGCCCUGCAUUAUAGAGGCUUGCACAACAGCUCUGGUGUCGCACUUCCUCAUGGACUUACCCUGGGUGUGGGGCUUCAUCCUUGGCUUCGUGCUGGGCGCUGUGUCUCCAGCAGUGGUGGUUCCCUCCAUGCUGAUGCUGCAGAAGGAUGGUUACGGCGUGGAGCAGGGCAUCCCCACCCUGCUGAUGGCUGCAGGCAGCUUUGACGACAUUCUUGCCAUCACGGGGUUCACCACAUGCUUGAGCAUGGCCUUCGCCACAGGAUCGACUUGGUGGAACCUCCUGAGAGGUGUGAUGGAGGUGUCUGGGGGGAUGGUUGCUGGGAUUCUUCUAGGCUUCCUCAUCCAGUACUUUCCUAGUGUUGACCAGAAACAUUUAGUAAUUAAGCGAUCCUUCUUGGUGCUGGGUCUGUCUGUCUUUGCCGUGUUCGGCAGCGGUGUGGCUGGGUUUCCUGGCUCUGGAGGCCUCUGCACCCUGGUGUUGGCAUUCCUGGCUGGCCUCGGCUGGGGGUCAGAAAAGGCACGUGUGGAGGAAGUGGUGGGGUGGGCGUGGGACGUGUUUCAGCCUCUACUCUUCGGACUAAUAGGGGCAGAAAUUCGAAUCUCUGAGUUGGAGGGACUCACAGUUGGACUGGGUAUAGCCACUCUGCUCAUUGCCCUGCUGGUUCGAAUCCUGUUCACCUUUGUCUGUGUGUUGUGUGCUGGCUUUAACAUGAGGGAAAAAGUGUUCAUAGCCCUAGCAUGGAUGCCCAAAGCCACAGUGCAGGCAGCUAUAGGCUCAACAGCUUUAGACAUGGCCAGGACAAAGGAGGACAAGGAGCUGCAGAAGUACGGCAUGGAUGUGCUGACUGUGGGUGUGCUGUCCAUCCUUCUCACAGCCCCGGUAGGAGCUCUUCUCAUAGGGCUCGCUGGACCUCACCUGCUACAAAAACCAAAGAACUCUGCCUGUGGCACUGCAGCAGGAGGUGAAGAUGAAAAUGAAACUCCUGUCACCUAUGAGAGCACACUCUGACAUCCCCUGUCUUCAUCCAGUAAGCAAGGACAUUUAAAGAGACUUCCCGGGUGCUUUCACACCUUGGAUAUUUGAGCUCUCCUUUAGCCACCGAGUGGCUCUUAUUUGUCUCUCUAUCUGCUGGUCAGUUCCUGAUGUUUGCCAUGCUGCAGGAACACAUGAAUCACUCUGUUUUUAUAGCCUCUGGUGGUUUCCAGGUCUCAAGCUCCAAACAAAUGACCCACAUCCCAGCGUCUGUGUCAUGCUGUAUGACGUUAUACAAGAGGGGGUCUUGUUUCUGGUCCUUAGUUAACUUUUAAUCAGCUUUUUUAGUGCAAGACAUGAAUAUGGUUUACAUGUAUGUUUUUUGUAAAUGUGGAUAUUUUUUAUCCCUGUCAUAUUCACUUGAAUUUGACAAUUUUUAUGACUAAAUAUCAGUUAACUAUUUACUGUAUUUUUACUUGAACAAGUGGCUAUGCUGUAUUAUUUUUUUUUUAGAAGAUUCCUUUUGAAGGGUUGUAUAAUUGAAUGCACUAAGAGUAGCAAUAUUUUUAUUGUUUUAAAUAUUAGACCACACAAUUGACACACAUUUAAAGGGGAACACAACCUAAAUGAAGAAUUCCAAUAAGUAAUUGCCAUGGCCUAUAAAGUUCAAUCAAUAUUUCUCAAAUGAGCUUUAUUCUAUUGUAGUGUUCUCAUAUACUAAGAGCAUUCUCCUGGGUGCUCUGUGUCAUCUAUAACAUAUUUUCCAAUUCAUUGCCUAUGGAGCAGUUCCACACUUUAUAAUUGAUGACAUCACAAAUUUGACUUCUGUAAUUUUUGGAUUUGGGAGAGAGUUAAUUUUAACUAAUAGUUUUGGACUGUCUUAGACCGUGGGAUAUAUGUAUGGAUUUUGAAAAUGGGUGUAGUUCCCCUUUAAGUCUUGAGUUCUGCACUCAGUACAAAAUCUUUACAGCUUUGUGAUUAUGUAUUUUUGCGUAUUUUAAUAAAAUGUGUAUUAGCUGUGUAUUGGUAAUGAAAAGAGUUUGCGUUAACAGAUACUCCGGAAAAGACCUAAAUAAUAAAUAAUCCACAACACGUUCCUUUGGUUUAUACACAAUGCUGCUAAAACUCCCGUCAUCUGCUACAUUCGCUAUGUCCACUUUCAACUUUACGAAUGCUCAACAAUCAUCUAUAUGUCCAUAUUCAAAACAUUCAUAAAACACAAACUUUGAUCGUUUGAUUGUAAGGGAAAGUCGAUUUCUCACAUAUGAUUUUCUUUUUUAUUUAUUACAGAAGUGUGCAGUUUAACUUAAUGUUUUUGAUUUGAAUGUGUUUACAUUGCCUCAUUGUGUAUUGUUAGCAACUAUUUAUAAUAAAGUAAAAGA